GAGGCAGGCACAGGCCUCUCUGGCUGUAUCCAACUGCAGGGAUAAUCCAUUUUGAGACUGCCUCAAGGAGAGGGGCGCCUGGGGAAUAAUGCCUUCUCUCUCAGAGACCUCAGUCUCCUGACACAUAUUUUAGAGUUCCCAAGAUUGUUGGUUGCCAAGACAGGCUGCAUCAGGAUCUGUGGUAGUGAAUUUUUAUUCAGAAAGAAUGUCCAGUGAUUCUUGGAGCAGAGAGGAGCAAGAAGAAUGGGAAAACGUAAAUAAGUUAUUACGACAUCAUGGCUUAAGAACUUUGGUACCAGAUAAGAUUGUUAUGGACAGACAAUGUUCACAAGCAAUACGGUAUGCAUUGAAAACAUUAGUGGAAGAAACAGAGCGUCAACGGAAAAUUGUUCGUGGUUUGAUAGAAGACAAUCGCCAGCUGAGAGAUGAAUUGCGCUUGGAGCGAAGUCGGGCUUCUCGGCAAGAACAACGAGCCAAUGAUCUGGAUAUCAUUUUGGGAAAUAUCAAACACAAAAUACGUCAGCUGGAAGAUGAGUCUAUAGCUAAUGCAUCCCAGCAGCACAACCAAGUCAGAGAGCUUCAGAAAGAUCAGCAAACUACUCAGGUAAAGUACAACCAGCAGUCUGAGAAGUUGCGAGAACAAGAAGAUACUAUUGCCCGUUUGGAGAAGGAGCUUUCUAGGGUUGGCACAGAGGAGCAGCAACGUCUUGCAACGCAGAAAAAAAUGUUUCGGCAGUUUUGCAAGCAAGCACCAAGAACUUGCUUGGAUCAACAGAUUUGUUGCCUAAUUGAUUAUUAUGAGUCUCAGAUUGACCAAAUCAGAAAAGAACUAAGGAAAUAUAAGAGAGACUGCAGUCAUACACAAGGAGGAGGAGGAGAGGAAAAAGAAGAUGAAUUCCUGAAGAACAUAGAUGCCACAGCAAAUUACAAAGCCUUGCUUAUGUCUUUUCAGACUCAGAUAAUUGAGACAAAAGCCCGAAAUGAGCAGCUGUUACGUGAAAACAUAAACAUCAAGAAAGAGAUGGAGAUCAGACCAACUGCGCAGGAGUUAAAAUUUUAUAAACACCAAGUGAUGAAGCUGGAGAAAACAUUGAAGAACAUCAGGUCACAUGAGAAGAAUGAAGAAGAGAACACCAAAGAAAACAGAGAACAUAAAAGCAAUACAGGAGGAGACCAACUGCAGGAGGUUUCCAGAAAAUACUUGCAGGUGCUGUCCAGCAUUGACUCAAUUAUUAGAAGCCCAAGAAGAGCUCCCUUGGUAAUGCAUAUGCAGAGGAAAGGGCUACCACGAAGCUGUACCACAGAGAAUGAACAGGAAUGUGGAUUUGAACAUCUUCCUCUCACAGUAGAAAUGUGGGCUGACCAGCUAAUGUCCCUGAAGAAUUUACAUAGCUCCCUUAAAAAGCUGCUUCUGCUGUUACUGCCUUGGCAUACAGUAGCUGUGCUGGAUAACAAGGAAGAUGUUAGAGUUGAAGACCUUCAGCGGUUAGUUGAUGAAAUGACCGAAGAAGUAGAAAAUGAGGACAAGAAGAGUCAUAUGCCUUCCCAACACACCUUGUAUGCAAUUGUCUCUCAUUUUCAAAAGCUGUUUGAUGUGAAUUCUUUGAAUGGAAUUUACCCUCGGAUGAAUGAAGUGUAUACAAAACUUGGUGAGAUGACCAAUGCUAUGAGAAACCUUCGUGUUCUCUUGGAAUUAGAUACCUCAACCCCACCCAGUGUCCUAGUGAAUACUGUUGGAAAGCUCUGUAGUCUAUUUAACGAGAAUGUGAUCUGGCAGGUAGAACAGCUGCUUGGGACACAAGACAUCAAAAGCAUUAUCUACAAGUUAGAAGAACAUGACAACUUUUUCCCAGCCUUUCAAGCUCUUACUGAAGAUUUGCUUCACAUUCUAGAAGUCAGAAAUCUGACAGAUAUAGUACCUGCUGUGCAGAAGCUGAAAUGGAAAAACCAAUAAUGUAAGCCAUCUAUAAAAGUCACAAAAUGUAUCUACCUCUUCUGUAUAUUGUUUAACUAUUUUAAUUAAAAACAUUUUAACUCA